AUGAUGGAGGUGGAGAGGCCGCCGUUGGAGCUCAAGGAGGAGCAGCAGCCACAGCUCCUCAUGGAGGCCGAGGAGGAAGAAGAGGAAGACACCUCCUCCCUCCUGCACACCAGGGACAGGGAGAGGGACGGCAACAAGAAGAAGAUGACGACGACGAUGGCGGACCAGGACCUGGAGCCCUCCGACUCCGACGCAGCAGCAGCGGAGGCGGCGGCCCAGGCCCCUCACCACCAGAGCAUCUUCUUGGAUCCAACCCAAGGUCUAUGGAAGUGCCGGCACUGCGAUUGGACGCACCGCUUGAGUGGUCCAUGCACAGUUGAUAUCCUCGACCAUCAGGGACACUGCAUAAUUGCCAGCAACCUUGAUUCGUUAGUUCACAACAAACCAUUAUAUUAUUCGCCACACAGAGUCUCUGGUCAUGCUACUGAACUAGGUGCUGAGAACCAAGUUACAGAAGUUGGUGGCCCAAAGGAAAACGCAAACGAAACUUCAGGUGCACAAGGCAAAGAGAUUGAGAAACAGGACAACGUCAGCGCUCAAGAAACUAACCACAGUUCAAACAAUGGCAAAUUGGAAAAUGGUUCACACUCUAAUGGUGUGCAUGAGAUCUCCAGCAGCAAUGAAACCGUGACCAUUGCAGAUGGACUGAAACUGAUUACAACCAUCCGUGAUGCUAGACACAUCUUGCCAAACUGGAGUGGUUCUGUUGACGUUUCCAGUGGCAGCACGACUGCAUCUGAAGUUCAUGAAAUUGAAGUUGAGAAGGAUGAAAUUAUCACUAAGGGUGAAGUGAAAGUUGAAGAGUAUGAUCUUGAGAAGAUUCUGGACGAGCAAGAAACCCAUGACCUCUAUUGCCCCAACUGCAAAUCCUGCAUAACUCGAAGGGUCAUCCUUAAAAAGAGAAAGAGAACAGUAAGACCAGAUGCACGUAAGGCACCACCAAAAAGACCACAGCUUGUAGAGCCUUCUGCCAAUGUUCCAAGACAAACAGUGGAUGAAGACUCGCCCGAAGUAUUUAGAUGCUUGUCAUGCUUCACUUUCUUCAUCCCAACAGGUUGCAAUUUUAAUAUAUUCCGUAUAUUUGAAAGGAGGGAUAUAAACCAACAAGUUCAAAUUCAUCAUUCUUCUGCUUCACAACAGACGUCUGAAAACUGUGGAAGUUGGUUUCUUUCUUGUUUCCAGACAGCAGAUAGUCCAAAGCCAUCAAAUAAUGCAGGUAUUGUAAUGUAUAAUUAUGUUACAGAUUCAUUGGAGGAGCCAUUAUUAAGUGAUUCACAGAGGACCGAUCCUCUAACUUCAGUUCAAGACAACACACCAGCAGAACAAUCGAAGAAACCAUCACCAGCUGGAUCCCAAACUACAACUGCUACGAAUGAAGUAAAACAGUCGUUCAGUCAAUUCCAUGCAUCAUCUACAGUUGUGACAGGAUCCACGAAGAUAGAGUCAGUACAUGUAAAUGUGCAGCAAUACGGAGCGCACCAAGAACAAAUUCCUCUCUCACAGCCUGCUGGUGAUACUAAAACUGAUACCAGUCAUCUAGGUCACAAAAAAGAAUUCACGCAAAUAGAGGCAGGGAAUGUGGUAACUGUGCAGCGUAAUGGAGAAAGCCAAGAGCAAAUUCCUCUCUCGCAGCCCUCUGGUGAUACUGCGACUGAUUCGAUGCACCUAGGUCAAAAACAAGAUAUUCUGGAAGGUGUAACGGCACCCUCUGAUAACAGCCCAUUUUUCAGCCAACCAUUUUUUGAGCCAGUACUCCCAAUAAAAGUUUUGCCGGGAGAGGACCAACUUCAGACGGUUGAGAAACCAACUUCAGUUAUUCGUCAACCAGCUGAGCCAGAAGCUCCACCUCAUACAGUAUUGGCAGUCCCUGAGGCUGAGACACCAGUUCCUGCAUCAUCAGCUCCAAGGGAUGAAUGGGAUAUACUGAAAGCAAUAGUGUAUGGUGGCCUUGUUGAAUCAAUCACAAGCCUCUCAGUUGUAUCAGCAGCAGCAGCAAGUGGUGCCAAGACUUUGGAUAUAUUCAUCUUGGGCAUAGCAAACCUUAUUGGUGGACUUCCUGUAAUUUACCACAAUAUUGCUGAUCUGCGAAACACAGGAGAUGUAGCCGAAAGCAGUGAGCAAGUGGGGCACUAUUGGCUAGAGCUGGGAAGGCGAUCAAAGUACCAGUUGCACAUGGUGAUAGCCAUACUGUCAUACAUCCUCUUCGGGCUGCUGCCACCAGUCAUCUACGGACUGUCAUUCAGGACAAGCGACAACAGGGAGAACAAAAUGUUGGUGGUCGCUGCUGUAUCUCUCCUGUGCAUUGCGCUGCUCGCAAUUGGAAAGGCACAUGUUAAGAGGCCCAGGACUUACUUCACAACCCUCCUCUACUACCUGUCCAUUGGAUUCAGCGGUUCCGGGUUGUCGUACGUCGCAGGCGUCCUCAUCGCGAAGCUCCUGGCACACUUUGGUAUCAUUGAUCAGGGUGGUGCAUCAGCUCCUGCUCCUCCAGGUCUCUCAUUCCCUGAAGCAGCCGCCUGGGCUUCCUACUGA